AUUAAUUACUGUCGACCCCGGUCUAGCCGUAUUGUCGCCGUUUCGUGGCGGACGCUGCAGUAUCACGGAAGUAAAUCUCCACGAGCCAACGAAUUUACGCUGUUUGCCCUCCAGCUCCGGAAUAUAUUGAAGUCCCUGUCCCUCCGUCGCCUGUCCUCUUCCUCCAUGUGUCCUAUACUGUCACAUUUCCCACCCUAAUGGCCCCCAAGAAAGAGACCGUCCUGAAGCUGACUUCCUUUCGAUACAAGAAGGAGGGCAUCUCGGAGAAAGACUUCCAUGACUAUGCCAGCAAGAGUCAUGCUCCCAAGGCUGCUCUUGUGCAGUCUCGUCAUGGCGCUCUGAAAGUGGUCCAAUACCACACCCCGAGCGCCAGCAAGAAUCUCAUCGCCGAGAAGAUUCCCUGGGCCAUCCGACCCGGCUGGGAAAUUGAUGACCAUGACAUCCAGGUGUCCGUUUGGGUGCGCAACACGGAGACUAUGCAGGCCAUCGUCAUGGACCCGGAUUUCCAGUCCCUCGUGGCGGGAGAAGACGAUAUCUGCGACCAGACCAGGGCCAAGGUGACCGCAGGCUGGGAGGAGGUCUUUGUCGAGGAUGGCCAGGUCAUUGACGCGGACUACGGCACCUACGAGGAGCGAAUUAGUGCGGGUUCUAGCAGCGUUGUUACACAGGCUCCCGAGGGAAUUCGCAUUUGAAACCAAGAUGUCAAGACUCGGGAUUUGGGAAUAAGCAAGGCAGACGUAUGGAAUAGGCAAAAGUACAAGAACCAGGCCUAGUAGCCACAUGAUGAAUGAUGAUUGAUGAAAUUUGUG